AUGUUGCACUGUACCCAGAUCAGCGUCGCGCCCUGGAAGAAGACCUUUGAGGACCACCUCAUAAAGACUGGCGGUACCAGCGCCGAAUUCACGAUCGCCUCCGUCACCGCAUCUGGCCUCCCUAGUGCGCGGAUGUGCAUGUAUCGUGGCUUUUGGGGUACGCUGCCAAAAAAUAAACAUAACCAACUACCCAAGAACCCUGACAUCUACGAGUCCGAUUGCCCUGUAUUCGUUACAGAUGCGCGAAUGAGUAAAGUAUACGAUGUAUUUGCGACGGGCAAAGCAAAGGGCGAUCUGGCUCAAUCGCGUUCAGGAUCCGGUGGCGGUGGCCCAAUUGAAGCAGUAUUUUGGUUUAAGGAUACGAAAGUACAAUGGCGAAUGCGCGGAAAAUGUUGGAUCAUGGCGGCCGAUGAUAUAGAGGGUGAAGACGACCGUCAGAACUCCGAGGCUAUCACUGUUAGAUCCGAGGUGAGCCGCUUUAUGCGGAUCAGGGAAGGAUCUCACUAUACGGAAAGGAACAAAGAUUGGUCCUGGAGGCAGGAGAUCGAGAACAUUUUUGAAAACUUAUCGCCUAUGAUGAGAGGUUCUUUCAAGAAUCCGCCCCCUCGACAACCUUUAUUACAAGGCAAGGAUGAGCAAUCAGGCGAGGCGUUGGGUCAGACAGCUGGCCACCUAUCAGAAGAGAACCUGGCAAGGAAGAACUUCCGGGUCGCCAUCAUUGCGCCAGAGCAGGUCGAGGCUCUGCAUUUGUCGGAUGCAGCAAAACCAACGAGGCAGAUAUGGACGCUAGCUGAGGAAGCCGGCAAUCCUGGUGGUGACCAACAGAGAAAAUCAAUAGGGAAGUGGACUAAGGUCGAUACGUGGCCUUAA